AUGGAAACGUUAAACUAGCUCUAUAGUUGACAGAAAUUAUUUCUCGACGAAGUACGCUACCCCUAGUGCUUUAAGAUCCUACGGGUUUGUCGGUAAUCUGUUAAUGUGAUAAGGACACAGGACUGCUUCAUCUGCACGCGGAGUUUUUAGUGUUUACUGCGGAACUGUCUACUACAGCAACACACACUCAAUGAAAUGAUAUCCCUGCAGCAUCGAACCGUUUUGAUGGACACCGUCAGAUGUGUGAAGUUGCUCGUGCCUUCAGAUUCAUUCCUCUGAAAUAAGGUCAUUUUGAAGAUGAACCCCACACAAACUCUCUACCACAUGCCUGCAAAAGUCUACAGUAAAGAAGAUGACAACUGUGACUAAUCAAUAGAACGGAUCCGCAGGCUACGUUUGGUGGGUCAUGUCUCAGUCAGGUAAAAUCCUCCAUGUGUAUGUAGAGGUGAGAUCUGUAGCUGAUGAAGAGGCAAAAGACCUGGGAGAAAUGGAAAAAACAGACUCCCUCAUGUUGACAGCACCAGACAUCCUUCAUCAGUCUCAGUAUAGCGUCCAUAGUGGGUCACCUGGCCAUGUUUCUCCAGGUGAGGUUCUGCAUAAAGGUGGCAGCAGCACGCAGAGCCUGGCCUCCACCAAAUCAACAUCCAGACACUCAGUGAGUUUUCAGAAACAACCAGCCGCCCAGCACAGACAGAGCCUAACAUAUGAUGAGUCAAACCAGUUACUCUCUGCUCUUCAAACAGGGCACGCUGGAAAUACUUUUCACCUGGUCUGUGCUUCUUCUGAACAUGACCCCUUCUAUGGGAGGGAGUCUUACUUGUCAGGCCGGUUUACUGCCCCGCCUACACCUAGUGGAAGUCGUAAAGCCUGCAGCCAAACUCGACGAGGAGAGGAGGGAAAAAGAUCCAUUGCCACUUUUAGUUAUAUUGAAAAAGCUCAAGUUAAAUCGGUAGAUGGCCAGUGUAGUUCUUUGUAUGAGCCUCAAAAUCCUUUCAACAGAGCAAUGCAAGAUCCAGCGUCCUCCUUAAACCCUAGAAAGAGGCUCAGUGACCCAGUGUGGUUGGAGACAGUAAACAGCUUAAAGCAGCGUAGUCAGACUAUGGGAAACUCACAAAUGGGCACUCCCAACUUGAAACGGGCAACUCUAGACUCCAUUGCUAGAGAAGCCACCCAUCGUGCAUUGGAGGAAUUUGGUUCACCACAACUAAGGAAAAAAUUGGCAGCCAGCAGUGCUGAUAGAGGGCAUAACAUUAGGACUGGAGAGCAACGUCGGUGUAGGUCUUGGUCUGGGUCACCCAUAAUGCCAUGCAAUUCUAGGACACUUCCCAUUAACGCAACACUCGUAGAUCAUGAACGCAACAGACUACCUAGGAGCCCUGCUACGGACCAACUGUCUAACCAUGCCAAGCAAACCUACUUUACCAUGUCACACCCCAAUAACACCCAGUCUCAUGAGGUUCCAAACCAGAAGUCACAAGUAUAUAAGUACCGCCCAUAUGUACCAUCCUGUAAGCCUACAGAUAUUCAACAUGAAUUACCAGCUAUGACCACAAAUCAACCAUCAUGUAACCAACUACACAUUCAUACCAAGAGUGAUAGUCCCCGGCAAGUGCACAGGGUUAAUUUUAACCUGGCUAACUCCCAAAAUAAGAAUGAGGAAAGAGCUAAACAGUCUAGUGGAAGGAGAAGUGUAUCCCCAGCCACAAGUCCUGAGAUGGCUCACACACUAGCUGAAGAGGCCACCAAACUCUCCAUACUUAUGGAGUCCAGGAGGUCUCCAUCCCCAACUCCAUCACUGUCGGAUACUGGGAGGUCGGACAGCCCCAGGUUGGGACACCUUUCCAGAGAGGAUCAGCUCUAUGCAAGCUUUCAAGGCUCUGGAGCACAAGAUCUCUCUGAAUACUCUCUGAAGACUGGUCUCCACUCUAUUCACACACCCUCUCUUUUACCACACAUAAGAAGUUCAUCCCCUCCAGUUUCAACAAAGUUAAAACGUACAGAUGCAAUAUCUUCCUCUCCCAUACGAGACCCACGAAUAGAACGUGCACAGUUGGCUGGGAAGGAAAGCCCUACUCUGCAUCGGCACCAGCCUUCGCAGUACACAAGAGAUAUUCAUACAUCUGGCCAUGAGCACAUGCAAAACGAGAUGCAUGUUCUCAAUGAUAGCCCAGAUAACAGCAGAAGACCUUUAACCAUACCUAACAGUGAAUCACCAGUGAAUUGGACCUCUCAGCAAAAGCAUGUAAAAGGGGAGUGCUCAUGCAGUGACAAGGAAAACUUUAAGGAGGUGGAAACUCAUAAAAGGAACAGUCCAACUCCACAGGGCUCUCGAAUUAACCGUUUUAGGAUCUCAGUGGAGCAUUGUAAAAUGAAUAGUGACAAUAGCUCUAACAGGAAACGGAGCGGCACUGCAUCAGAGAGCUCCAGCGGAGUCACAGGCAGUCUUUUAGAGAACACUACGCAUAAAAAAGACUGCAUUUUCUCAGAGACAUCUAGCAAAACCUGCCAGAAGAAUUUGGAAUUUGGAAACACAGGCAUACAGUCUGAAGGUGACCCAAUUUUGCUGCAGCCUUCCCUGCACUCACAGAAAAUCGCUCGUGCCAAAUGGGAGUUCUUGUUUGGGACACACUCGGAGAACCAACAUGAAACAAGAGGCUCCUCCUCUGCACCUUCCAGUGGCUGUUCCAGUAAAUCUCCUACACCCAUUCCACCCUCAUCUACACCCCCGGGGCCUGUAUCAGCACACUCAAGACACUGUCAAUCAUCCACCUCCCAAAAAUCCUCCAGCCACAAUGUUCAGCAUGUACAAAUAGAGUUGAUCAAUCACACUCGUGCAGCCAGCCCCUCCCUUAAGACCGGCAUUAUCAGACGUUCUGUCAAAUAUUCAGAGACAGAUAUAGAUGCAGUGCCUGUGCGCAGCUACAGAGAAACAGAUCUGGACGAGGUUAUGCUGGCAGAACAGGAAGAGGUGGAUUCAGCCUUUGGCAGUAACCGUAGUGUACUGGGCACCUCGGUCACCAGCAGUGGCAGCGCCCUGGAGGGAGCUGAUGAUGACGAGCUGCAGGAUGAGGAAGUGGUGAGCUGGGCCAGUGUGAGGAUGCAGGGCGACAUAAAGAGGCAACAUGCUUCACCUGAGGGGGGUGAGGUGUUUAGCAGAUUACUUCGAGGCCCUUCUGAGAGCCCGCCUGACAAUCACAUGACUUUGAAGUCUCCCAUCCCUGUGGACAGCCUCCGAAGGACAUCAUCAGAUGGGAUGGACUCCUUCAGCAGGCACUUUGAGAGUAUUAUGGAGUCGCACCGUGCCAAGGGCACCUCCUAUAGUAGCCUGGAUAGUGAAGACAUCACCCCAAGCGGCCCAAUGGUCUUCACUUUUGACUUUCCGACUCUCACCCCCGAGGUCCAGAGCCAGAUCUGCGAAAGUGCAAAGCAGAUCAUCGAACUGAGCUUUGCCCCUCUUGCUUUUUCCGAAUCCACUACUGCAUCUAAUCCCACAGAUCCUGCAGCUUCACAGAGGCUAACAGAAGAGGAUCAGGGUGGCGUAUUUAAAGAAGAGAAGUCAUGCAGUGGAUCCUGCUCUGAUAAAGCCCCCGGGCCUGAUUCUGACACAGAUGAUGCCAUAAGAGAGAGGCCAUCACGGCCGGUGUCGGCGUCAGAUCCAGAGGUGGCUGAAAGGUUGGCCAUGAACAGCAGUGAAACUCUGGCUAAUGGUAACAAAGCUGACCUCCAGGCUGCCAAACGACUGGCCAAACGCUUGUAUACUCUCGAUGGAUUCAGGAAGUCAGACGUGGCACGACACCUGAGCAAGAACAAUGAUUUUAGUCACAUGGUGGCAGAAGAGUAUCUGAGUUACUUUAACUUCUCAGGGAUGACAGUGGAUCAGGCUCUAAGAGUGUUUUUGAGAGAGUUUGCCCUAAUGGGUGAAACACAGGAGAGAGAGCGAGUGCUGUCGCAUUUCUCCAGAAGAUACCUCCAAUGCAACCCGAACACCAUACCGAAUGAAGACAGUGUUCACACCUUGACUUGUGCUGUGAUGCUGCUCAACACUGAUCUGCAUGGUCAUAACAUAGGGAAGAGGAUGUCCUGUACUCAGUUCAUUAAUAACCUGGAGGGGUUGAAUGAUGGCAAAGACUUCCCUAAAGAUCUUCUUAAGGCUCUCUACAACGCUAUCAAAAAUGAAAAACUGCAGUGGACAAUUGAUGAAGAGGAACUGCGUAAGUCUUUCUCUGAGCUGGACGGCAGGAAAGACUCCACUUCUCACACCAUGAAGCGUAUCAGCAGUGGAGGAAACCCCCUUGUCAGCGUGGCACAGCAGUCCAGCGCUCAGGUCUACAAGAACGGCUUUCUUGUGCGCAAAGUUCACGCUGAUCAUGACGGCAAGAAAACCCCUCGGGGUAAAAGGGGGUGGAAGACUUUCUAUGCCAUUCUGAAAGGACUGAUCCUCUACCUGCAAAAGGAUGAAUAUCGUCCAGAUAAGCAGCUGUCUGAUGAGGACUUAAAGAAUGCCGUAUCCAUCCAUCAUUCUUUAGCCAUGCGAGCAGCAGACUACAGCAAGAGACCCAAUGUGUUUUACCUUCGCACUGCCGACUGGAGAGUCUUUCUCUUUCAGGCCCCCAAUGCAGAGCAAAUGCAGUCCUGGAUCACCCGUAUCAACACAGUGGCGGCCAUGUUCUCGGCUCCACCUUUCCCAGCAGCUAUCGGCUCCCAGAAGAAGUUUAGCCGCCCUCUUUUGCCAGGCUCGAGCACCAAGCUUUCACAGGAAGAGCAGCUUAAAUCUCACGAGACACGUUUUCGAGCCGUUUCUGCCGAGCUACAGGAACUGCGCUCGACACCCCAAGACCGCAAGACCAAAAGCAGGGACCAAGAAGAGCACAAGCAAAGGGAAGAGUAUCUGGACUUUGAGAAAACACGCUAUGGGACAUAUGCCAUGCUACUGAGGGCUAAGAUUCGGACAGGGGAGACGGACUUGGCGGCGUUUGAGUCCCAUUUGUUUGAUGAUGGCGGGUUGCAAAGAGCCCAUUCCAGCCCCACGUUACCCCAGGAUAACAGCCAUGCCAGCAGCACCAAAGAGUCCAGCAGGAGGAGCAGCAGCAGGAAGAGGGUCAAGCGCUCAGAGACAGGUCAGAGACACAGCUACAGAGAGGCUGUCAAACAGUGAAGACUCGGGCACAAGGGGACACUGUGUCCCAUCAGGUGUGUCAUUAAGAUGCCAGGAGUUACAAAUGGUGACUCACGUCAAGGCAUCGUGAACGGUUGUGGUUACUAGAAUCUGCAAGAAGUGACCGCAAUGACCGGCUUACCCCUACAUGGGAAUCGGUGAACCUUGCUUUUCGGGCCAGCAGCAACCGAAGGGCCAAAUCUGUCAGAGUGGUCGCAAAAGGAGCAUCAGCCUCACAUUGUUUUUUUUACUGUUGGUCAUCGCAACAUACCCGUCGAAUUUAUCUUUGUGUAUUUCGCUUGUUACACAGGUUUGUUAAAAAAUUUGUUGUGGAACAACAGAAUUGUGUUGCUUUAUUGCCGUUUCUGGUGGGGCGAUAACCAAACGAGUCCUCUUUGUCAUGUGAACAUGUACAUGCGAUAUUUAAAGCAGUGUACAUUUUGCUUUUCAAACAACGAUUUCAUAUCUGAGGUUGAGUAGUGAAGUUCAAGAAAGUUGAAGAAUUAAGCCUGUACAGUUGUUUAAAAGCAUGUCGCAAAGCAUGCCUAAGAUGUUAGAAGACAAUCAAUUCAUCGUUUGGUACAGUUACCGUGUUAUUUUCUGUAUACCACCUCAUCAUUUCAACACAAACUAUGUCUAAAUUGUUUUUGAAAGAAUUCAAAAAAUGUGCAAUGUGUAAAAGCCAUCAAAUUUUUUAUCUUGUUGUAUUAUUUGGUGUAAAGAUUUACAUGUAAACUACGUAUUGAGCUUGAGAAUGACGUGAUGCAAAAUCUGUGUCGAAACCCUUUCGAAAAUGGCCAAGCUAUUUAAUACUCAGGCAUUCAUUUUCAAAUUUGUGAUUUGAUAGUGUUGACAUGACAAUACACAUAUUCCAUCACUAGAUAAGAUAGGGCACUAAAUGCUGGUUCAGUCAGAAUAACCACAUCUAAUACCUCAAUUGAGAGAUCUGUUGAAGUGGAUGUCAUUUGGUCAGUUUACAAACUGAUGGUGAAAGAUGAUGUUAAAUGUGAAGUAUUGUUUUAUAUAUAUAUAUAUAUAUAUAUAUAUAUAUAUAUAUAUAUAUAUAUAUAUA